UAUCCCGGGAGCGUCGGGACGGCGUCGUUCAGGCGCUGGGAGGAUCCCACAGCUGAUCUGAUGCGGACGCCAGGUCAGAGCGACGCCGGCAGUUCUGGUGACGCCGCUAAACGCGACGCCUCGUUUUCCACUCCCGGCAGCGCCCGUUCGUAAUAAAGGCGCGAUCGGUGACCAAACUUUUCCCGUUUCAAACUCCCUUUGUGCUUCUUAUUUACAUCGCUAUACAUAAUGAGAGGACAACGCGAAGCGGCACGCUAGCGUAGAAAGGGACGGUUCAACUUGACGCAAAGACGAGCGACUUUCCAUCACGCGUUGUGACGGCAGCCGAGGCCUGAAGGGCCCGUUUUCCAUGCACCCCAAAUUGUACCGAGCGUAAAGAAAAUGUCCAGCGAUCCGGACGCGGCCAAACUGAAGAGCCACUCGUCGUCCGGGACGGUGAAGAAGAAGCCGCGCUCAAGAUCGACGCCCCGAACCAACGAUGUGGACAAACCGCGAAAAAAACGGCACGCCAGCGCCACUCACUCGUUUGCGUCCAUUCCAAAUGCCAUCAAACUCUCCAUGCUCAACAGCGGCCUUCUGCCGACCAGUCGGUUCAAUGAUGAAAACAAUGGCACAGUAGUGGACAGCAUCAGCGACCGGCCCAUCGACAUUUCGCUGUUCAUGAAACUAUGCGAGCAGCGCAAAAAGUUCCCCGUUCUCUACAAGCUGGAAUUUGAGAUUGCGGAGAAAACGGAGCCGCACUCAUGCCGGCAUGGAACAAAGAAAAGCAACCUGGAAAAGAACCAGAACCAAAAAUGCAUUCCUUAUGAUUACAACCGGGUAGUAUUAGACACCAUAGAGGGCGAACAUGACAGCGACUAUGUCAACGCCUCCUAUGUGGAUAGCCUACUGAAACCGAACGCCUACAUUGUGACGCAGGGUCCUACUGAGGAGACGGUCACCGACUUCUGGCGAAUGGUGUGGCAGGAAAAGGCCAGCUGCAUUGUCAUGCUGACCAAAACCUUCGAUUUCAUCAAA